UGCGUGCUGGCGGGGCGGCCCGUCCCAGAUUCUCACGGCGCCCGGUUUUCCCGCAGGACGGAGCGGGAUGCCUCUAACUGGUCCACGGAGCGGCUGAAAGCUCUGCUCCUGCCUGUCAGGGUGGAGGGCGAGGAAGGGACUUGUGAGGUGACAGAAGUGAGCAAGCUGGAUGGAGAGGCCUCCAUUAACAACCGCAAAGGGAAGCUUAUCUUCUUCUACGAGUGGGCUAUCAAGCUGGCUUGGACUGGCACCUCAAAGACAGGAGUGAAGUACAAAGGUUAUGUGGAGAUUCCUAAUCUCUCAGAUGAAAAUGACAUUGAGGAAGUGGAGAUCCAUGUCAGCCUUGCUAAAGAUGAGCCUGACACUAACUUGAAGACCCUGAUGAAGCAAGAGGGUGCAAAAAAAAUUAGAGAUGCUAUGAAAACUUACAUCCGCACUCUCAAAACAGAAUUCACCCAGGGCAUGAUUUUGCCCACAGUGAAUGGUGAACAUAUGGAAACGACACCUCAGGUGGCUCCUAAAGCAGAAGACUGCAAGAGGGCUGCUAGCAGCAGUACUGCCACAUCGCAGUCCAAAUCCAUGGGAGUCAAGAUUCCUACCUGUAAGAUCAGCUUGAAGGACACCUUCUUAACAUCUCCUGAGGAGCUCUACCGGGUAUUUGUUACUCAGGAGAUGGUCCAAGCUUUCACUCAUGCACAAGCCACCUUGGAGGCGGAUAAAGGAGGCAAGUUUCAGCUGCUGGAUGGCAGUGUCACAGGAGAGUUUGUUGACCUAGUUCCUGAGAAGCAACUUGUUAUGAAGUGGAGAUUUAAAUCUUGGCCAGCCGGGCACUUUGCAAUGAUUACCUUGAACUUCACUGACAAAGGUGGCGAGACGGAGGUGUGCUUGGAAGGCAAGGGCGUACCUGCCAGCGAGGAGGAGAGAACAAAGCAAGGCUGGCAGCGCUACUACUUCGAGGGCAUUAAACAGACAUUUGGCUACGGCGCCCGCUUGUUCUAGUACCGGUUGCUGGGAAGGCUUCACCUGAAGACUCUGCCGCGUGGACUGAUAAAUUUAUCACCUGUCCUUUCCUAAUCUUGGCUCUGCUGCUGAGUAAAGUGGGAUGACAGGUGAUGAGGAAGGCCAUUGAGCAGCACCACUUUCAGUCCUUCACUGCUUUGUGCAUGUCUCAUGCUGCAGGGGAUUCUCUUACAUGUACAUACUUCUAUUGCUAAAUAAACCUAACUUAAAAAAAAACA